AUGGACGACGUCACGGCUGCCAUUUUAGCAGUAGUAGUAGCUGCUGCAAGCGUGAGCGCUGUCAUCGCCACAGUAGAUAAGCGCGGUUUACGACGGCCACCCAAAGCCCCCAAGACGUUUAACACUCGAGCAUUCGAGACAGCUCUCCGCACCCCGGGAACAGGUUGGUUCCACGACAAACUUCGGUGUAACAAGAAGUCGUUCCAACGUAUGCUGUUAGUGCACGCUGCGUGGGGCCGUGAGCCCGGUACCAACACCAAAAACCCCGUCAUUAAGCGCGUGGCGCUCACGAUGCUCUACCUGGUCAAGGGUGGCACCAUGGACCAGGCUGCAACGGCGUUGGGCAUCUCCAGGCCUCGUAGCGUAGCCUACAUUAACAAGACCCAGGACGUGCUCAGCGCCAUGGCAAAAUCUAUGAUCUUCAUGCCGCCAGCAGAGGAGCUGGCAGCUGUUGAAGAUGGCUUCUACGCUACGGCCGGGUUUCCCGACACCAUUGGCGCCGAGACUAGCAGCAUUGGGCCACAAGCCAAGACUUGCGAGGAGACUCGGGUGCAAUUCGCGGACUGGCAAGUCUGGUGGCAUCGGAUGGAAACUGCUUGUGACCAGUCAGAUGAGGCAAGCGGAAGUUUGCACUUGGACAGCUCGAGGCACACCGAGCACGUUCUCCACCUGAACAAGGGCCUUAACGCACUCCUUGAGGGUCACAAGUCAACGGUGGCCACGGUGAGCGACUUGAUGCUGGUGCUUUGCCAUACCAACAACCGCGCUGCUCUGCGGGAGCACACUGACCUCUCCCCACUGCGACGCGCUGGAGCUCCGUGUUCGACAUGCUCGCUAGGGAUAUCUCUCGCGGACGUGCGCGCAUUGUUGGACUCUAUAGUUCAGCGCUACCCGUCGUUGAAGCCUCAACUUAAUGCGUCGGCCAACGUUGUGCACUCACCAGUGUUCGAAGCCGCUGUAGUGAAGGGGGCAGCCGCUUAUCCACUGGAGAGCGUGACGCCAUUAAGGCUUUUGAGAAAGCGCCAGUCACCGGCACCAAGCGCAAGUCACUGCCAAGCAGACUUCGCCACUGCUGUCUUGCGCUCCUGGAAGGCAGGAGCAGCUGCUCCGGCGGCUGAAGUGUACUUGGAGCUUCUGCAGAAGACCCCGCCGUCGAGCAAUCGCGUGGAGCGCUUGUUCUCACAAGCAAAGCUAGUCCUAACCCCGCAGCGCUUAUCCCUGCUGCCGGUAAAUAUGGAGAUGCUGCUUUUCCUUCGUACUAACCGCAGCAACUGGGAUACUGGGACUCUUUGUGAUGUCUACAGGCAGAUGCACUAA